AUGGAAUUGUUAGAAUUUCAAGUAGUUGGAUACUGUUUUGAAUCUAAUUCUUCCUGCCUGAAGGAAGUGCGAUCUCCAGCUGUGUAUGUGGUGAUGUAUAUUUCUGCAGUGGCAGUGGUGAUGCUGACAGUGUGUGGAAACCUGGUGGUGAUCAUCUCUAUCUCUCACUUCAAGCAGCUCCACACACCAACUAACUUCCUCGUGCUCUCUCUGGCUGUGGCAGAUUUUUUAGUAGGAGCAGCUGUGAUGCCUUUCUGUUUAAUUUUAUUCAUAGAAACCUGUUGGUAUUUUGGAGAAACAUUUUGCAUACUUUAUAAUAUAUCUGUUUUUUUUCUCACAUCUGUUUCAAUUAAUAAUGUUGCAUGCAUAGCUAUUGACCGGUAUUUUGCUGUGUGUUACCCUUUACUUUAUUCUACUAAAGUCUCAAUUAAUAUAACAUCCUCUGUCAUAUCAAUUAAUUGGCUGCUAUCACUACUAUACAAUUUGGCCUUCAUGUAUUUUAAUGGAAAUAUUGAUGGUGCUGAAAAACUGAACAUUUGCCUUGGAGACUGUUUGUUUUUCAUAACUAAAAGCUGGGUAAUAAUUGAUUUAUUAUGUACAUUGAUAUUGCCCUGUUCUGUAAUGAUAACAUUAUAUUUCAAGAUUUUUGUAGUUGCUCAAAAGCAUGCACGAGCAAUCAGCUCUGUUACAGAGCAGAUGUGUUCAGCAGAUAAAAUAUCUUCAACAUCUGAAAGGAAAGCUGCAAAAACAUUAGGAAUAUUAGUGAUUGCAUUUCUGCUCUGUUUGGUGCCGUAUUAUAUAUGCAGUCUCAUUCUUAAAAAUGUGGGCCGAACCUCUUUAGUACUUAGUGUUCUAGGUUGGUUGUUAUAUUUUAAUUCUGCUAUCAAUCCUAUCAUUUAUGCUUUGUUUUAUCCCUGGUUCCAGAAGUCAGUUAAGCUGAUUGUUACCCUCAAGAUAUUUAAAAUAGAAUCCUCCCUGAUAAAUGUGUUUUCUAAGGAAAUUUAA